AUGAAUCUCAACUUCACCUCCCCUCUACACCCGGCGUCUUCUCAGAGGCCCACGUCCUUCUUCAUUGAGGACAUCCUGCUGCACAAGCCCAAGCCGCUAAGGGAGAUGGCCCCUGACCACUUCACCAGCUCUCUGGCCUCCCGGGUGCCUCUCCUAGACUAUGGCUACCCCCUCAUGCCCACACCCACCCUCCUGGCUCCUCACCCCCAUCACCCUCUGCAUAAGGGAGACCACCACCACCCGUAUUUCCUCACCACCUCAGGGGUGCCGGUGCCGGCGCUGUUCCCGCACCCCCAGCACAGCGAGCUGCCGGGCAAGCACUGCCGCCGCCGCAAAGCUCGCACGGUUUUCUCGGACUCGCAGCUUUCCGGCCUGGAGAAGAGAUUCGAGAUCCAGCGCUACCUGUCCACGCCAGAGCGGGUGGAGCUGGCCACGGCCCUCAGCCUGUCCGAGACGCAGGUGAAAACGUGGUUCCAGAACCGGCGGAUGAAGCAUAAAAAGCAGCUGAGGAAAAGUCAGGACGAGCCCAAAGCGCCAGAUGGGCUCGAGAGCCCAGAGAGCAGUCCUAGCGGCCCCGAGGCCGCAUCUGCCGAGGCUCGGCUGGGCCUGCCCGCUGGCCCCUUCGUGCUGACCGAGCCCGAGGACGAGGUGGACAUUGGGGACGAGGGGGAGCUCGGCUCGGGGCCGCACGUGCUCUGA